GAUGGUGUGGGAUCUCUUCCGAGACUCGACGUUUGGCCAACUCGUGCGCCUUGCCAGCGGUGGACGUUACUUCCAGUAUCCCGAAGAGAAGGAUCACGCACUAUUGAAGAAGUAUGUCAAUGAAGAGAAAUCCGGUUAUAUGGCGCAUCAUGGGACGACGGGCCCGCCUGAGGAGGGGCAGAGAGAGGAAUUGAGUUCUACACGCGGAGUAAGAGCCAGAGAAGCGGAUAACACUGCUGGUUCUCUUUCUUCGUCCCGUACACAAUUGCCGCUGGACGAUACUUCAAGCGAGACUGGCGUCAAUGGAGCAAGCGGUGUUAAAGUUGACCCGGAAAAAGGCAAGGAUAGGACUGUGAUCGAUUGGUAUGGACCUGACGAUCCUGAGAACCCCAGAAAUUGGUCUCGCGGCAAGCGAUUCUUCGUUACGUUUGAAGUAGUGUUCCUCACCUUCAGUGUGUAUAUUGGCUCCGCCAUCUAUACUGCCGGUAUCAUGGGUGUCCAAGAACAGUUCGGUGUGAGCCAGGUGGCAGCCACCCUAGGACUGACCCUGUAUGUUGCCGGCUACGGUUUAGGGCCUAUGAUUUGGGCGCCUCUCAGCGAGAUUCCAUAUAUUGGCCGCAGUCCCAUCUACAUUGGAACACUAUUUAUCUUCGUCAUGUUUCAGAUUCCAACGGCUAUGGCAAAGAACUUUGGAAUGCUUCUUGCUUUUCGUUUCCUUACAGGCCUCUUCGGUUCUCCUGCUUUGGCUACAGGCGGGGCCACGAUCGCCGAUAUGUACCGUCCAAAAAAACAAGCGUAUGGCUUGGCAAUUUGGGGUAUAGGAGCUGUAAGCGGUCCAGUACUCGGUCCUUUGAUCGGCGGAUUUGCUGUACAAGCUGAGGGCUGGACGUGGACGAUUUGGGAACUCAUGUGGUUGAGUGGGGUGUGCUGGGUUUUCUUGGUGUUUCUCUUCCCGGAGACAAGCAGUACGAACAUCCUGUACCGCAGGACGAGAAGACUUCGAAAGCUUACUGGAAACGACAAACUGACAUGUGAACCCGAGAUGAUGGCCGAGCAAAUGACUGGAAAAGACAUUGUCACAAUGACCUUCGUCCGUCCAAUAACGCUCAACUUCACCGAACCCAUGGUAUUCCUCCUAAAUCUCUACAUUGCGCUCAUCUACGGCCUUCUAUACAUCUGGUUUGAGUCUUUCCCCAUCGUCUUUAUUGAAAUCUACGGUUUCAACCUCGGCGAAGAAGGUCUUGCCUUCCUCGGCCUCCUUGUCGGUACAAUCGUGACUAUGUGUUUCCUCUUCACAUGGCUCUACUUCCACCAGGAGAAACAGUUCAACGACAAAGGCGAGAUUGAGCCAGAGAAACGACUGAUACCCGCCAUGGUGGGCUCCUUCUUCGUGCCGAUUUGCUUGUUCUGGUUCGGAUGGUCGGCGCGCCCCUCGAUUCAUUGGAUUAUGCCUAUCGUAGGCAGUGGCUUCUUUGGGGUUGCCGCGUUCCUGCUGUUCAAUUCUGUGCUCCCGUACCUUUCUGAUGCGUACCCGAACGACGUGGCCAGCAUCUUCGCAGGAAAUGACCUGUUUCGAUCGGCGUUCGGUGCAGGGUUCCCACUCUUUGCAUCUGCCAUGUACAAAACUCUUGGCGUAGGGUGGGCAAGCAGUUUGUUGGCGUUCUUGGGUGUUGCAUUCAUCCCGAUUCCAUUCUUGCUGUAUCGGUAUGGUGCAACAUUGAGAAAGAAGAGUAAGCAUGCUAAGCAGUUCUAA